AGCGAGUCGCUCUCGCAGUAUACCAAGGAGAGAAACAGCUCACGCAGUGUCUGCAGCUGUGAUUUUAAUCUCUGAAGUUACCACAUGGAAUAGAAAUGGUAUUAAACUUCUUGCUGAAAUGUUAAUCUGACGGAAGAUGCGGUGAAGAUGUUAGUCAGUGAAGGAUUGUUAGUUUGUCAAGGAUUCUGUAACGGAAUGUCCUGAUCUUGGUUGGGUUGGGUCAGUCAUGCAGGACAGGACGCACAGACUCACCAGCACACGCUGGAGGGUCUGCAUUCUUUCUUUCAGAAUGCUUCUGGUCCUGGGUUUUAUAAACCUAAUUCUGGCGCAGCAAACGCUAUGUGAAAUGUACACUUCCGUGGUCAACGUGCAGCAAGCUAUAGCUGUCGAAAAAGAACUUUUGAAAUAUUUAAAGAGUUACAUUGAAGACGAAACCCUCAGGCUGAACGACUUGAAAAGAUUCUAUGGAAAGGUGUCGAAUCUGCACACUAAUGUUUUUCAGGGCGCAGGGACGGCAAUGGCAAACCCUCUGUUUGCUUACACGUUGAUUAAGAGGUUGCAGUCAGAGUGGCUCAAUGUGGUCUACAGUAAUGAAGCAAACGAGAACACCCAAGCCUUCAAGAGCGGCUAUGAGAAAGAGGAGAGCCGCCUGCCAAAGUUCGAGGACCUGCAGGGGGCAGCAAAGGGGCUGAUGAGGCUGCAGGAUGUGUACGCCCUGAGUGUGAAGGGACUGGUCAAUGGACUCUUCCAGAGAGACACUACAGGGGGCGCUGUGGACAUCUACCGAGCAGAGAAUUCCAUCACCCUGUCGGCAGACGACUGCUUCCUCAUCGGGAAGGUUGCCUAUGAGAUGGAGGACUAUUACCACUCAGUCCUGUGGCUGGAGCCGGCGGCCUCUCUCUUCCGCCAGGCCUACAGGACCUGGAACACCGAGGAUGAGGGCAGUCUGGAGGAUGUGCUGGAUCACCUGGCCUUCUCGCACUUCAAGACAGGAAACGUCUCCUAUGCCCUCAGUCUCUCCAGAGAGAUCCUGCACUUGGAUCCAUCUAACAAAAGAGUGACCAGGAACAUUGAAAAAUAUGAAAAGAUCCUGGCUGCAUCACCAGCUAGCAGUGACGUUUUAAUACAAAGACCAAAUACAACAUACCUGGAGACAAGGAAUACAUAUGAGUGGCUCUGUCAGACACUGGGAUCCCAGCCAAGGCAUUAUGAAAAUCCCAGACUGCACUGCGAUUUCCACACCAACGGCAACCCAGCUCUGGUUCUCAAGCCCAUGAGAAGAGAGAUUGUGAGCCUGCAGCCUUAUGUGGUUCUGUACCACAGCUUCAUCAGCGACCACGAAGCCAGGACCAUAAAGGAAUUUUCAGCCCCCGGAUUGCAGAGAUCAGUGGUGGCCUCUGGUGUGAAGCAGUCCACCGCAGAGUACCGGAUCAGUAAAAGUGCCUGGCUUAAGGACACAGCUCACCCAGUGGUGCAAAAACUGGACCAGCGCAUUGCAGCAUUGACAGGGUUGAAUGUGCACCCCCCGUACGCUGAGUACCUCCAGGUGGUAAAUUAUGGGAUUGGAGGACACUAUGAACCUCAUUUCGACCACGCCACUUCUGAGUCAAGUCCCCUGUACAAACUGAAUACAGGAAAUCGAGUGGCAACAUUCAUGGUUUACCUCAACUCUGUGGAAGCGGGUGGAUCAACAGCUUUUAUUUCUGCAAACUUCAGUGUACCUGUAGUGAAGAAUGCAGCCUUGUUCUGGUGGAACCUGCUCAGAAAUGGGAAAGGCAAUGGGGACACUCUCCAUGCUGGCUGUCCAGUACUUGUUGGAGAUAAAUGGGUGGCUAACAAGUGGGUGCAUGAGUAUGGGCAGGAGUUCCAGCGACGCUGCAGUCCCAACCCUGAUGACUGACGAGGAAGCAGGAUGGGGGACCGCUUGGAGUACAAGAGUCAUCCAGAGAGCUGGAGCGAGGAGGGGGUGGGGAGGGGAGAGGCAGCCUAGGACCACCUUGGAGCUCUGAUUGGAAGAGCCUGUGGGAGGACUGUCUAUGCUGACUGGACAGGACUGGAGUGGAAUCUGGCCUGCUGCCAGGAAGGCAUGCCUCGACAUUCAUUGACUCGCUUCCACACUCAGCCAAGGAGCAAGGCAGUGGAAUAUCUGCCAUAGAAUUUCAGCUGGCAUGCGGGGACAACUCUACUGUCAGUCUUAGUUGGUUUCCUUUAGUUCUGCAUGCUGGCUUUUUGACAGCAUGCAAAAAGCUGACAGCUUUACCCCUUCCCCUCCCAAAAAAUAUUAAAAAAAAAAAAAGUUAUGAUGUUUGCAACCCUCAAAUACUUCCCGGCAUUAACACAUUCUUAAAACAUGGAAAUAGUUGCAAUAAAAAGGACACUGUGGUAAA